AUGAAUCAUUCAACUGCUACUCAUCAUCAUGAGUGCCAUCAACAUGAAAGCAAUGCCUUGCUGAGCUUUAAAAAAACCUUCAUCAUAAGUAAGUCUGCUUCUUACAAUCCUUUGAGUUAUCCUAAAACUCUUUCUUGGGUUCCUGCCACAGAUUGCUGCUCCUGGGAUGGCAUUGAAUGCAAUGAGCUCACAGGUCAUGUGAUCGGCAUUGAUCUUGGUAGCAGCCAACUCUAUGGUUCCAUGGAUGCCAAUAGCACCCUUUUCUCACUUGUGCAUCUUCAAAGCCUUGAUCUUUCAGACAAUGACUUCAAUCACUCUCAAAUUCCUGCCAAGAUAGGUGAGCUUUCACAGCUAAGACAUCUAAAUCUUUCUCAUGGCAAUGAAAACACAUUCUCUGGUGAAGUUCCACCUCAAGUUUCACAGUUGUCCAACUUGUUGUCCCUUGAUCUUCACAGCUAUCCUCUUGAGCCGCUUCCAUAUGAUCUAAUCAACAAUUUGCAACUCAAGGCAUCCACUCUCACAAGCUUAACCCAAAACUCAACUAGACUUGAACACCUUCGUCUUAGUUUUGUGACCAUUUCAUCAUCUUUACCUCAUACUCUCACAAACCUUACAUCCUUGCAAAUACUCACUCUUUGCCAAUGUGAACUAUAUGGUAAAUUCCCAAUUGGAAUAUUCCAUCUCCCAAACUUAACAGUCUUGAAUUUGGGAGGAAACCAAAAUCUUAGGGUUUUUAUGGGGCCAUUCCUUCUUCGCUUGGCAACCUCACCCAACUUGCCCUCUUAG